AUUUGAGUGUAGUGAUGGGUGGAGGUGAAUAGCCUCACGACUAACAACCAUUGUUGUUGUCCUAAUGAUCUUUCAUCUUCCUAUUGCUUGCUAGUUUGCUACCUUAUCUUCUCCAUCAACCCACCCACCCUUCCCCUGAAGAAAAUCCAGCAAUGGCUGCCACCCUGAUAUGCGGAUGUCUUUCUCAACCAUACCCUCUUCCUCUCCCACUCUCUCCAAAUCUGUACCUCUCCAAACGUCUUUCUCAAAAGCCACAGUGGAUCUCUCUUCGCCGGCCGGCACAAUUCUUUAAUCGCCGCUUCACUAAAACUCUGUGUCUUCACACUUCUGGAAACCAACCCGACAACAAAGGAAGUGGGCCUAAGUGGCCAAUCUUAAGAAGGUGGGAGGUUCCAUGGAAUUGGCAAACUGUUUCACUUUCUACACUUGCCUGUGGACUAAGUUUUGUUCUGACAGGGCUAAUAGAGACCACAGCUAUAACAUAUUAUGGAAUUCAAACCGAAGACUUAAGCUUGGAUGAGAAGUCAGAAAUCUUGUUUUUGGAUCAAGCUAUUACAACUGUAGUUGUGCUUGGAGUUCUCUAUACUCUAACCAAGUCAUCUAAGCCACUUCCUGCUGAUAUAUAUCGAUUUGAUUGGAGAGAGCCCUUUGAUCUUAAAAGAGGAUGGUUAUUGUGGGCAACAAUUGGUCUUGUUGGAGCACUGGUUGCCAUUGGACUGACAGGGGUGGCAAUGUCUUUUCUCAAUAGUGACCCCCCACAGAGAGAGGCUGAUGCUCUAGUUCGUUUGCUUCCAUUGAUUGGCUCGUCAAGUAUCAGCACUAUAAGUCUAUUGGGUAUCACUGGCAUCCUUGCUCCAGUUCUUGAAGAGACUGUGUUUAGAGGAUUUCUCAUGGUCUCUCUUACAAAGUGGCUACCUACACCACUAUCCAUCGUUCUAAGUGCUGCUGUAUUUUCUGCUGCACAUCUUACUCCUGCAGAAUUUCCUCAGCUUUUCGUACUUGGGACUGCUCUGGGAUUUUCAUAUGCUCAAACACGAAAUCUUCUAACACCAAUAACAAUUCAUGCUUGUUGGAACUCUGGAGUUAUUUUGGUUCUCACCUUCCUCCAGCUUCAAGGAUAUGAUAUCAGGGAAAUAAUACAAGCAUCCUGAUCCAAGUCAAAUUUAAGGGGUGAGUUGAAAUUUGCCAGUUUUGCUUAUUUUCCGUUUUAUCUUCAUUGAUGAACAGACAAGUUCUACUGUGUAUUGAGAUCAAACGAUAUGAAAUAAUAACUUUUUAUUUCAGUAUUAUGUACUACGUAUUUUAUUAUUCACAUAUUAUUUAUUUUUCUGAUCGUUGAUAAAUCAAAGUGGUUAUCUUUGCACUAUGUCAAAAGGA